AUGGAUCUAGUAAUGGAACCAGAAUUUGAGCGCAAGCUGGUGCGCAAGAUAGACUGGUGUCUGAUGCCGGUUAUUGCUGCACUCAUGUCUUGUCAGCUGAUGGACAAAACAACCAACUCUUACGCUUCGAUCAUGAACCUACAAAAGGACCUCAAUAUGUCCGAUAAGGAGUACAGCUGGGUGGGCAGCACGUUUUACUUUGGGUACCUUAUUUUCCAAUUUCCAGCGAACCUGCUACUGCAGAAGCUUCCUCUUUCCAAAACUUUGGGAGCAGCAGUUAUGAUCUGGGGUGUUGUGCUGAUGUGUCACGCUGCCUGCACUAAUGCUGCCGGGUUUCUUGCCUGUCGAGUCAUCCUGGGAGUUUUCGAAGGCUUCAUGAACCCAGCGUAUGUUCUUCUCACCAGUCAAUGGUACCGCAAGAGCGAGCAGUUCAUGCGUGCCUGUGUCUGGUGGGGGUUUCAAGGUUUCGGUACGCUUUUGGGAGCAGGAAUCGCUUAUGGCCUUGCAGUGCACCGUUCCGGCAACUACUCUUUUGACUCCUGGAGAAUGCUGUAUAUUAUCACUGGGAUUAUCACUGUCGUUCUGGGUUUCGUCUCUUUGGUGCACGUUCCAGACUUGCCGGUUAAAGCAUGGUUUCUGAACGAGAAGGAGAAGAAAUACUGUGUUGAAAGAGUCAAAGGAAACCAGCAAGGAUUUGGAAGCCAUAAAUUCAAGCGUCACCAGCUGCUCGAAGCGUUUCAAGACCCUGUGUUGUACUUGUUUUUCCUCUAUGGAAUGUCGUACGCGAUUCCCAACGGAGGCUUUACCAAUUUCGGUUCCAUCCUUUUGAAGGGAGACUUUGGAUUUUCCACACAGAAUGCGCUAUUAAUGGGAAUGCCUGGUGGAGCCAUCGACAUCGUCUUUCCUAUCUCUGUGGCCUAUCUCACUUAUCGCUUUUUGAAUAAUAACAGGCUCGUCUCAUGCAUCAUUGUCCAAAUAAUCACAAUCAUCGGGAUGUGCUGCUUAAACUUUACGAGUCACAGGGGUUCUCGGCUCUUUGGAUACCUGUCUUUCUACAUGGCGACAUCUGUCUCCGCCGGUAUGGUGUCUGUUCUUUCAUCAAACGUUGCUGGAAGUACGAAGAAGGUCACUAUGAACACGACUUAUCUUGUUGGAUACUGCGUGGGCAACAUCAUAGGACCCCAGACUUUCAUCUCUUCUCAGAAGCCUGGAUACAUUGGGGCAAAGACUGCUAUGCUGGUGAGCUUUGCAGCGGGACUACUUUGCAUUGUGUCGCUCCUGGCGCUUUAUAUUCACAGAAACAGAAUCCGUGACAAGAAGCGGGCUGCCUUGGGUGACAAGUACCAGGUUCCAGAUACCAUUGCUUUUGCCGACCUGACAGAUAUCGAGAACCCGGAGUUUAGAUAUUCUUUAUAG